UCACUAAAAUGUUGUUAAGCGUAUUUAAGUAUAUUGAACUCAAAAUCUGACGGUCACACGGGUCCUGCUCGUAUAAAUUCUGGGGCCAACCAAAUGAAAAACCAAUUGAAAGCUAAAAAUAAAAUCAAAAUUGCGCACGAAAAUGAGAUGUGUCGUGCCCAAUUGUAGGAAUUCUUCCAUACGCAGAUCCAAGAGAGACCCGGAUCAGCAGCAGCCGGUUUCCUUCUUCCAGUUUCCUAAAUCCCCGGAGCUAUUCAACAGAUGGCUGUCGUUCUGUCGCGGCUCCGAGAAUGCCUUAAAAGUGAAGAAUCCGUGCAUCUGCAUCGAGCACUUCCGAGACGAGGACAUAGAGGGGUCUAUCAAAUUUGAAAUGGGACUUGCUAAAAAGAGAACGUUGCGCCCUGGUGCGGUUCCAUGCAUAAACAAGAGCCAAGAAAGCCCGUCGGAAAUAGCACGAUUAGAGCGCUCAAAGCGGCGUAGUAAUCAUAAAUUGGUGGCCGAUCUGCUCUUAGAGGAUGAAGCCAGGGCUAGUGCUCCCGCAGAAGUGGUUCCCACGCCCAGCUACGUCCGGCUCAACACGGGAAUAGCUUCUGCUCCUUCAUUCGUUAGUCCAAAACCGGCAGAAGAAGAGUUGACCUCGAUAAUCGUGGAAGACGAUCCGCUCGUGACCGCAGAAAAGGCUAAAUUAACGGAGAGGUGCCGCACCUGCUACAAGGAAUUCGUUGUCGAUGCCAAUGCCAAAGAUCUUUUCGACCCGGCUAACAGUGUGCUGAUUUUCCACAUUGAAGUCAUUAGCGGAGUUUGGAUUAAAAAUAUCGAAGGGGAACCUCAUCUCAUAUGCCCCGCAUGCCAGAUGUCCCUCCAGCUGGCGAUCGAGUUUAGGGAAAUGUGCAUAGGCAUUGAGCUGAAGCUUACACAGCCAAAGCUUGAAAUUGAUGAAGAGCCCGAUCUGGAGUCAGUCCAGGAAGAGUCAUUAGAACUUGAUAUUUUUUCUGGCUCUGAAUAUUCAAAUCUAGAUGAAUAUCCUCCGGACGAGCCUGUGGUGGACGAACCUCUUUCCAAUACUGACCUGAAGCUAGAGUCUGUGGCAGAAUCUCUCGAGUUGGGUUCACACGAUCCACUCAGUGUGGCCCCUGGAGCGUCCAUUGUCAAGGAUCUAAUCAGCCAAUACACGGGAAAGUCGACGAAUAAGUCAAAAAAAGAGGCUUUCGAUGCAAAUGCGACUGAACCUAAGCGUACUACUGUGGAUCACGCAGAAAAACCGUUGAAAAAAUCAAACCCCAAGACCAAAGAAGAGAGAAAUCUUAUCCGUCGUGCUCAGAUCCGAGCCCGACCAACGAACUUUGUGUGCGAUCAGUGCGGCCAGGCCUUCCGCAUGGCUCACAAUCUGCAAAUUCACAUCCUCCGACACACCCGUACCAAGAACUACCAGUGCAACGAAUGCCCCAUGACCUUUUAUGAUGCCUACAUGCGCAACAUCCACAUCCGAAUCAAGCAUCGUGGAGAAACUCCCUUUAGCUGUCGGUACUGCAAAGCUACGUUUGCGUAUGCGGGAGCACGUCAAAAACAUGAAAGCGGUGUUCAUGGAGCACCACCCCGUCGCAUCGUAAAACGAAUCAAUCCCCAGCCCAUGCCUCGCUCCAAAACGCGCUAUCAUUGUGAACUCUGCGAGAAACACUACGCCUCCAAGUACGCUCUGGCAUGGCAUGUCAAGUCACACACGGAUGCGGGUGCCUACAAGUGCCAGCUGUGCGACAAGAGCUACUCGGAUCCAGCCACGCUCAAGCGCCACGAAAUAACCCAUGAUGACAAGAGACCGCUGCAGUGUGAGGUGUGCCUGAAAGGGUUCUACCAACAAACUAAGCUCCGGGAGCACGAGCUCAUCCACACUGGCGAGCGUCCUUAUAGGUGCGAGAUCUGCGAUGUCCACUUCCGCUACAAGUACAACAUGAAGGUACAUGCAAACAGCAAAAUGCACCAGGAGAACCUCUCGAAAGCGCAGGCUAAUCAAAUUGUUGAAAUUUAAUGAAAAACUGUUUUCUUAUCCGAA